GAAAGUGAAGGGAAGCCGCCAGUGCAUCUGAUUCAGUGGCUGAGGCUGUUUGCAUUGGGAUCCUCAGAGAGGAGCUAAUCUAUGGAGCCAGGACCUCCAGUGGUAUCUGCUGGUCAAGCAGCUGGAGGACUCUAUCUACCUCUUAGUGACAAUGAGCAGAAAUGUUACUCAGAGCUUUUCUCCUUGUGCCAAGUUGAAGGAUCCUCACGCCUGGCAGCUGAUAGCAGUAAGGUGGCAGAGCUGUUCAUGGCAUCCCAGCUUCCAGCUGAAACUUUACACCAGAUCACAGACCUGUGCGGUGCAAAACAUGUGGGGUUUUUCGGUCCAGCUCAGUUUUUUAUUGCAUUGAAAUUAAUUGCUGCAGCACAAGCCGGUCUGGCAGUUCGCAUGGAGAGCAUUAAGUGCGAGUUACCACUUGCUUGUUUCCUGUCUAUGAAAUUUGACAACUUUAAAUAUGGGAUUCAAUCAGUGAGCACAGAUGCCCAACUAUUAAAACACAGUGCCAGUGAGAGAGGCUCUAACCAUUCGCAUGGUGAAGGAGAAACUAAGUCAGAAGCCAAGACAUUUGUGACAUCUCCUCAGAAAUCACCUUUCUCAACCUCUUUGGAAUAUGCACGCGGGAAAAAGCAAAACAGUCCUGAACACCACAGUGGAGCAGCAUACGAGACGAGACAACCUGCUCUACUUCAGCAGGAUGGACACUUGCCGGUGAACUAUGGAAAGCAACCUGCCCCUCUGCAGUCUUCUAUUAGCCGGCAGUCACUUUCAGUUGAAAGAGAAUCACAGGACACUUCAGAGAGUUACUCCGAGGACCCCUGGAGGAUAACAGAAGAACAACGAGAGUACUAUACCAACCAGUUUAAAACCCUUCAAGCUGACCUGAAUUCCUUCAUUUCUGGUUCUGUAGCAAGAAACUUUUUUACCAUAUCGAAGCUUCCUAUACCAGAACUUUCACACAUUUGGGACCUUAGUGAUGUUGACUGUGAUGGUGCUUUAACGCUCGCAGAAUUUUUUGCAGCUUUUCACCUUAUUGUUGCUAGGAAAAAUGGAUAUGAUUUACCAGAUACACUUCCCAAAACCUUGCUGUCUGAAAUACUUAAACCAACACCUAUAAGGCCUGCCACAGAUGGUGUAUAUGAAGCAUAUCGCGAAACAAACACCGUUUGCUCAGCCAGGAAGGAGCUUGAGACUGUCUGUGAAGAUCCUGCUAACUCAGAGCCCCUGAUCCUCUUUGAUGUGGAAAUCCGUAACGGCAAGCCAAAACCAACCACAGAAGCACCACCUGGUCAAAAUGCGCUAAAGGAAAGCACAGUGAAUGACUCAGGAGCAUUAAAAGAAAAUACAAUAAUUCAUCUUGAACCAACUGAGAAAAACAAGUUCCAGUCCUUCAAAACAGCUGUCCACCAAGACCCGUACACACACAAAACAAGGCCAAGGUCUAGGUCUUACUCCAGCACUUCUAUUGAAGAGACCAUGAAGAAAGUUGAAGAGCCUCCAACUCCACCCCCGAGACCACAGAAAACACAUUCAAGGGCUUCUUCUUUGGAUCUGAGUAGAAUCAUACAACAUCAUUCACCAGCUCCUCGAGCUGGAUGGAUACAACCUCCUCCUGCACUACCUCCAAGACCAUAUGUGUCCCAGUUUUCUUAUCCUAUCACUGAUCAAAUGCCACUUCAGCAGCCAAGUUUUGCAGAUUUCAAGUCAAAGGAACAGAAUGAACGAGGAGUAGAGAUUGAAUUACAGACUAAUAAAAUGUUGCCACAGACAGAGGAAAGCAGUCCUGCCAAAAAGGAGAUGCUACUGAACCAGCCGCCCACAAAACCAUUAAGAAGAAAAUUCCACCCUGAGAGCCAAGUUCUGGAAAAUCACGACCUGUCCUCUGCAUCAAGUGUGACCUCAUCUGCUGCAUCCUUAAAGUCACAUACAGCUGCCCAAAAGCAGCCGUCCAAACAGAAAAAAGCUAUCCAGACAGCCAUCCGUAAAAACAAGGAAGCCAAUGCAGUCCUGGCCAGACUGAACAGUGAACUUCAGCAGCAACUCAAGGAAGUCCAUCAGGAGAGGAUAACCUUGGAAACCCAGCUGGAACAGCUCCGUCCUCUUACUGUGUUAUGACCUUUGGACAGUGUGACAGCACUGGAGAUUCUACUGUGCACGCAUUUGGUAGCCUGGUUGUAAUUCUUGUUGUUAUAUCCAUGGUGCUGAAGCCAUUUACAUGGUUUGCAAAAAAAAAAAGAAAAUGCAAAGUAUAUUUUGAAGUCCGUUAUCCCAGUAGAUGUACUUCAACUCAUUUACAUCUUAAUAAGAGUGCACAAGGACCACCGAGGCUGGGUUUAUGAAGGUUGAUGGACAUCUAGUAAGACACCAAAGUUCCUGUGAAGCACGUCCAUUCUCGUUCCUAGAUGUGUGGGAAACUCAAUGAAUGUAAGACGAACAUUACGUAAAAAUUUCGCUUUUUUGAGCUUUUGGAUCACCUUGAAUUAACUGCCUUCUUUUACAUUUUAGAAUUGGAUGAAAUUGUGUGUUUUUAUGUUACAAAUGCAGCUAUAUUUGCAGUUCAGAUAAACGUGUGACAGAGUAGGCCAAGGUAAGUCAAUUUAUGGUCAAAGUAAAUGUAUGGCUGUUCACUGACUUUGUAGAUGAGGGAUCUCCAUCAUAAAGGCUCGUCACUUGUACAUACUUAUUCCCACUGCCAUCAACUGUGUUACCACCGAAAGCUAGUGUAAAACUAAAAUUGAAGCAUACUUUACUUUCCUGCCUGGAAAAAUGCAUAUUUCACUGUAUGUAAAAAUGUAUGACAAUAUGGUUGUAUACACCUGCUUUAAAAUUUGAUUCUAAAAGGUAUACCAUCAUGUUUUUUGGCAAUAUUGAAUAAAGUAGCAGUGUAUGUUU